CAUGGACACCACCGACCUCAAGCCCCUCAUCGAGGACCUCUCCGACAACAUUGACGAUCUCGAAGAUGCUCUCGGACCCUUGCUCCACAAUGCCCUCUCCGCCAGCACCUCCAAGCUGCCCUUGCUCGACAAAGCCAAGCUCUACGCCCUGCUCACCUACGCCAUCGAGUCCAUUCUUUUCUCCUACCUCAACCUGAACGGCGUCAAGGCCAAGGAGCACCCCGUCUUCACCGAGCUCACCCGCGUAAAGCAGUACUUCCAGAAGAUCGCCCAGGUCGAGAGCGCGCCCGUGCAGCGCACCCAAACCCUCGACAAGGCUGCCGCCAACCGCUUCAUCAAGCACGGUCUCGCCGGUAACGACAAGUAUGACCAGGAUCGCGCGCUGCAGCAGGCCAAGGAGCGCGCAAUUGCGAGCCUGAAGCUCGAGCAGCUCAACAAGAAGCGCAAAGCCGACGAGACCGAGGGCCUCGCCCCGGACACGACCGCAUCGGCCGAGAGCAGCUCGAGUGAGAGCGAGAGCGAAGAGGCACAGGAAGAAGCGCAGCAGCCGAAGAAAAAGAAGCGCACCCGCGCGUCGGACAUGUGGAAGGAAGAGGGCAAAGCGGAAAAGAAAGAAAAGAAGAAGGCCAAGAAGGGCAAGAAGCACAGCAAGUUAGAGGAGCCGGCCGAGAAGGCUCAGGGUCACAAGGACGAGGACGACCUGAUGGAGGACCAGGACGUGGAGGAGACAAUUGCGGGACGGAAAUCCAAGUCGAGCAGAGUGCCGCUUGGCCACAAAGCCGCGUUCGAGCAGCUGGUCAAGGGCCCCAUCCAGAGGCAGGAGGAGCCGUCAUCCAAGAAGUCGAAGAGCAAGAAAAAAGCGGCCAAAUGAAGGGCUCAAAUGCCUCCUUCCUUUGUCUUCGAAAUCUUGGGGGUUCAGCCAGUACUAUGAAGAACUGCUGCUCAUUGCACGGCCAAGGCGUUGUUGGAAUCAAAAAAGCAAAAAGGGAAAAUGUUAGAGAUGGAAAGGCGUUCAGGCUGGAUCCGCGGACCGUGUCACAGUCCCAUAUACCCAGUAUCAAUCAUAGAGCAAUCGCUUUCAUACCGC